AUUACAUUUAUGUUAUUUCUUUAUAUAAAGUAGAUUAGUUGUUACCCAAGUGAACUUCUUAUUGGAAGAAUUACAGGUAAUAUGACCAAGGGAGAGCAAGCAAAAGGUUUUAAUGAGAGAGUUUAUUAUAAGAAUGCAAAAAUUUUCUUAAAACUUAAAAGACUCAACUUAGUGAUUUCUAAACUCACUAUUUUUCAACAUACAGGUGCUACUGAGUUCAGUUUGUUCUAUGUGCUCUGUCAGCUAAGCAUGCCAUAAAAGUCAGUUGUUGAUUUUAAAGUUAUUUGGUGCUGCAUUUUUACUUUGUCUGUGAAUAAAGAUUACAGCAUGUAUAUGUGUGUGUAUAGAUAUAUGUGUAAGUGUAUCAUAUGAGUGAAAAAUUCUUACAAGUUUAUUAUCUUUUUACAUUUAACAUUGACCUGAAAUAGGGCAUUCAAGCAUCUGUUUGGGGAACUAAAUGACUACAUUUCUUUUAACCUUGAAAAUCUAAGUCUUCUAUUUAAUCCUAUUGAAAUUCAAGGGAUUCAGCUCUGAAGGAUAAUACAGAGUGUGUAAUAGUUCAGUUGGAGAUAACAAAGCUGAUUAAGGCCUAGUUUUGACAAGGCUGUUCUGUAGGAGGGAGUACAGAAAAUGAACAAGAGAUAUGGACUGAAGUAGAAGUUAGGCAGGGUAGUCUACUGUUGCAAAGGGGAGUAUCUCUAGGACUAAAUAAAUUAGGCUGAUGAAGUCCCUUAAUGCUCUUUAUCAAAGUCUUGAAAUGGGGAUAAUAAAUAUUAGAGGACAUUGGUGAAUUUUGAGGAUGGACUGUGAAAGUUUAUUAUAUUAAAUUUCUUGAAAUUGAUUGCAGGAGGGGAUGCCCAUGAAGAGAGACCAAAAAUCUGAGAAGGAGUAGACUUCAGGGUUUCAUGAAGACUAUUAAAGUAUCUGAAUUGUUAUUUUGUGGGACUUCCCCGCUUGCAUGCCUGAAUGCAAUGCUGCACACAAACUCCCGAGGUGAAGAAGGCAUCUUCUAUAAGGUUCCAGGUAGAAUGGGAGUAUAUACUUUGAAGAAGGACGUGCCCGACGGGGUGAAGGAGCUGUCGGAAGGCUCGGAGGAGAGCAGUGACGGGCAGUCGGACUCACAGAGCUCCGAGAACAGCAGCAGCAGCAGCGAUGGCGGCAGCAACAGGGAGGGAAGGAGGAGCAGGUGGAAGAGGAAAGUAUCGUCUAGACUGUCACAGCCAUCCUCUCCCCAGUCAGGCUGCCCAUCACCCACCAUCCCAGCAGGUAAAGUCAUUUCUCCAUCACAGAAGCACAGCAAGAAGGCACUAAAGCAGGCUCUGAAACAGCAGCAGAAGCAGCAGGGCAGGCCGAGCAUGGCCGUGCCCUCCAGCCAGCCCCUCUCUCUGAAGACCGUCAGAGCAGCCAGUGACUCUGUGCCUGCCAGACCCGCUCUCUGGGAAGGAAAACAAUCUGAUGGACAGUCAAGCAGUCCUCAGAACUCAAACUCUAGCUUUUCUUCUUCGGUUAAAGUGGAAAGUCCUUUGCUAGGCUUGGGAAAGAAGUCAUUCCAGAGGUCUGAUAGGCUCCACACAAGGCAAAUGAAGAGGACUAAAUGUGCUGAAAUUGAUGUUGAGACACCAGACUCCAUUCUGGUCAAUACAAAUCUGCGAGCAUUGAUCAACAAACACACCUUUUCAGUCCUUCCUGGAGAUUGCCAACAGCGACUGCUUUUACUACUUCCAGAGGUGGAUCGACAGGUUGGUCCAGAUGGUCUGAUGAAGUUAAAUGGCUCAGCCCUUAACAAUGAGUUCUUCACUUCAGCAGCCCAAGGCUGGAAGGAAAGACUCUCAGAAGGUGAGUUUACACCUGAGAUGCAGGUGAGAAUUCGACAAGAGAUUGAGAAGGAGAAAAAAGUAGAACCAUGGAAAGAACAAUUCUUUGAAAGCUACUAUGGUCAGAGUUCUGGCCUGAGCCUUGAGGAUUCAAAGAAAUUGACAGCAUCACCCAGUGAUCCCAAAGUAAAGAAAACCCUGGCUGAGCAACCAAAAUCCAUGCUUCCUUCCGAGGCCUCUCCUGUCAGUAUAGUCCCAGUAAUUCCCCAAUUAGAGUCUAAAGAAGUCAUGCAGAUGUCAUCACCAGUCAGAAAAGAAGAGCACGAAAGCCAAGACAAGGUGCAGCCAAACUCCAAAUCCACAGAGCCCCUACUUUGCUCUUCUAGCAGUACAAAUGAGCUUAGCAGUGUUUUCCCCACCAAGUGCCCAAAGGAUGAGGACCGCUUGGAGCAGAAGCCAGUUGCCUCUGCUGAACAGGAGUCUGAGAAAGAGAAUCAUCUCACUGCAACUUCAAAUUAUAUCAAAAAUGAAAGCCAAGAAGCUUUAGUUACAUCCCCAAGCAAACCCAAGAGUCCUGGGGUGGAAAAACCAAUAGUGAAGCCCGUGGAAGCAAGUCCACAGGAGCCCACUGUGAAAGAGCCUUCAUCAGCUCUGGUUGAUCACAGCCCAGAGAGUCUCAAGAGGAAAUCUUCUCUCAUCCAAGAAGAGGCCCCUCUGAGCUGGGAGAAAAGGCCACGUGUCACUGAGAAUCGCCAACACCAGCAGCCAUUUCAAAUCUCGCCACAGCCCUUUCUCAAUAGAGGGGACAGGAUCCAGGUGCGAAAAGUACCUCCUCUCAAGAUCCCGGUCUCCAGAAUCUCCCCCAUGCCUUUUCCUACACCGCAGGUCUCUCCCAGGGCUCGUUUUCCAAUCUCCAUCACUAGUCCUAACAGAACAGGAGCCAGAACUCUUGCAGACAUCAAAGCAAAAGCCCAGCUGGUCAAAGCCCAGAGGGCAGCAGCUGCAGCUGCAGCCGCGGCCGCCGCAGCCGCCACAGUUGGAGGGACCAUUCCAGGACCUGGCCCAGGGGGUGGACAAGGUCCAGGAGAGGGUGGGGAAAGGAGAACUGCUAAAGGAGGGAGUCCAGACUCGGACAGAGCCAGUGAAACUGGAAAGGGCCCCGCACUGGAACUGGCAGGAACUGGAAGCAGGAGAGGUACGAGAGAGCUUUUACCCUGUGGUCCAGAGACUCAGCCCCAAUUUGAGACCAAGACCCCAGACCAGGCACAGCCUCAUAGUGUCUCUGGAGCACAACUACAGCAAACCCCCUCAGUGCCUCCAGCAUCUGCCAUCAGUGGACCCUGCACAGAUGUCCCACCACCAGCCCACACUAACACACCCCCACCAGCUUUAGGGAAACCGAAUAAUGAAAAACUGAACAACGCCAGGGCAGCAGCCACAGUGGCCUCUCUGCAAGGGCCCAAUAUUUGCAGGCAGGAGAAGGCACCUUCAUCUUCAACAGAUCCUGCUCUAAUCUCAGGUGCCUCACCUGCUCAUUUUUCAGCAGAUGGCACAGGUGAGCCCAGAGCAGAUUCUGGUCAGAACAUACCAAACCCUUUGACCUCAGCAGAGACAACAGCUAGUGCUUCAGUGGGUGCAACUCCCUCUGCUUUAACGUCUGUAUUAACCACAGCCACUUUAGAAAAGCUUCCUGUAUCCCAGGCCAGUGUGACUGUAGCACCUACUGGAUCAGCUCCAUCCUUGAGCACUUUGCCAGCAGCUUUUAGCCUUAAAACUCUAGGAACGUCUGCAAAUAUGAAUGGACCCAUUCCAAGGCCGAGCUCUAGUAUCCCUGCUAAUAAUCCUUUGGUCACCCAGCUGCUCCAGGGCAAAGAUGUUCCCAUGGAGCAAAUUCUGCCUAAACCUCUCACCAAAGUUGAAAUGAAGACUGUUCCACUGACUACAAAAGAGGACAAGGGGGCAGGAGCACUCACAGGCACCAACGUAACAGAAAAUAGCUCCGGAGAGAAAGGUACUGAGAGGCCGUCUCAGCCAGCUCUACAGCAGCUGAGUAAAACCUUGCAAAGUAAGCAGCUCCCCCAGGUUCCAAGACCCCUUCAGCUCUUUUCAGGUAAGGAUCUGAGGGACUCUUGCAUUGACACACACCAAUACCAAGAAGGACUGAGUAGAGCAACCCAAGAUCAGAUUCUUCAGACUCUCAUCCAAAGGGUUCGGAGGCAGAAUGUUCUCUCCCUUGUACAGCCCGCUCAGUUCAACUUCACUCACUCAGGUUUCCAUUUAGAAGACAUCUCCACAAGCCAGAGGUUCAUGCUGGGGUUUGCUGGCAGAAGGACAUCGAAGCCUGCAAUGGCAGGUCACUACUUACUCAAUAUUUCCACCUAUGGCCGCGGUCCAGAGAACUUGAGGAGGACCCAUUCUGUCAACACAGAAGACCGUGUUUGUGUGAGCAGCCCCAUGGAGGCCUUGAAAAUGGGACAUACAGACAGUAAAUGUGCAACAGGUGAUAGUAGCAGUGGCAGGGAAGAAGACAGUGACGAGGAAAGUACUGGUGAUGAGCAGGAAUCUGUCAGGGUGAAGGAGGAGCCCCAGGCUUUUCAGAGCUCUGGCAAGUGUGAAGCAAGUUCAGGACGCCACAUAAGAGAAGCUCUAUCAACCAGUGAUGGUUUAGCUAAAGAGAAUGUGAAGGCAGAGACACCAGUGCAUGAGCAAACCACUUUAAGCAAGGAGAGUUACCUGUUCACUAGAGGCCAAACAUUUGAUGAAAAGACCCUAGCCAGAGAUUUUCUUCAGGCAGCACAGAAGCAAAUGGCUCAAGCAGUAAGAGGUAAGACAAUGCGUAGCAGUCCUGAGCUGUUCGAUUCUACCAUUCUUCCUUUACCUGCAGAUAGUCCCACCCAUCAGCCUCUCCUCCUUCCACCACUGCAAACUCCAAAGCUUUAUGGAAGCCCCACACAGAUCGGGCCAAGCUACAGAGGCAUGAUCAAUGUCUCCACUUCAUCUGACAUGGACCAUAACUCUGCUGUACCGGGGAUGCCUGACUGUAGCCAGGUAUCUAGCAACGUAGGUGAUGUCAUGUCCUUUUCUGUGACUGUCACUACCAUCCCUGCUAGUCAAGCUAUGAAUCCCAGCAGCCAUGGCCAGACCAUUCCUGUUCAGGCCUUUCCGGAAGAGAACAGCAUAGAGGACACGCCUUCCAAAUGUUACUGCCGAUUGAAAGCCAUGAUCAUGUGUAAGGGGUGUGGAGCUUUCUGCCACGAUGAUUGCAUUGGCCCCUCUAAACUGUGUGUCUCCUGCCUUGUUGUUCGGUAAUGAAACUAGAAAGGGAACACACUAUAAAGGAGACGGGAAGGGUUGUCAAGUGUUUUUUUGCAUCCUUUUGGAAUCACAGAAAUAAAUGAGUAGGUUUCUGUUCUCAUAAGAGACAAAUGUUACUUAAUCAGGAAUACAAAGUACAGAUCUUAACAUUUUAGAGGAAGAGCACCUUGUAUAGUAAGUCUGAGUCAAGCAAGACUUUGUGAAUUUGUGACAAGUUUGCACUUACAAAAUCAUGUAAAUAUGUCACAUUUUGUUUUAACAUUAUUUUUCCAAGUGUUUAAGUAAUGUAGUGCUUUGAAUUCAGAUUUAUGUUUUACUUUCCAUGGCUCUGAGAAAAGUUGAAUGCUGUGCCUGGUGAAAGGAAACUGUCUCCCUUCUGUCCACUUUCCUAAGAGGCUAGAAAAGGGAAGGAGUGAAGGAAUGGCCUGCAGAAAUGAUUUUUUGUCAGUUUUGACUGCAGGUUUACAUAUUCAGCCUUUGCACGAUCUGAAUUCAGAGUUUACUCAGUCUCUUUACCUUAGAGGGAACCUUUAUAAGUUUAAAUUUGUGAGAAGGUAUUAAUGUCACAGGUAGUAUGUCAGACGCUGAAACCUCAAGGCUUGGUUCUUGGCUUCCGUAAACCAGUACAGUUGUCAAGCCCUCUGCUUGCAAUUUGUGGAUCCUUGCUUUUGCCUAAUCCCACUCUUCUUCCCUGAGACAGUGCAUGUGGUCCCAUGAAGGGUACGCCUCUCUGGGGCUCUUGUAUUACCAUAGCCUGUGCAGGCUGACAAUUCUAGCAAUAAUAUCCAAGUACUUCAUCAUUCAUGGGAACUUGCAAAUAGGUUUGAAAUACUAGUAUAAAAUUAACAGGGAAGUGUUAGCAAUGGGGUGAUUUGAACUAUGUGUGUUUUCUUGGGCAAGGAGAAUAAAGGGGCAAAACCUGUUAAAGUGAACCUAAAGAACUUUGGAAAAUGAUUUUAACACUAGAAACAAGGUAACCCCUCUUUUCCUCUUCUCUGCUGACCCCUUACCUAAUGUUCUAGUGUCAGCUGUUGAUGCAGGUAGAAAAGCUCAUUAAUGCCACAUUUGCCCAUUCUGCUCUGACCUCUCAGGCAUCUGAGGAGUAUGGAGUAAUCUUAUCAUCUAUUACUUUGAACACACAUGCAUAGUAAAAGUCAGACACCUUAACUGCUUUAGAGGAUAUGUCCCCAUUUUGGAUUACUGCUUUCUGUGCACUAGAAAUUUAUCAUGUUAAGGGGGCUUAAGUGGAUGGCUAAGGGAACAAUUUAGAAAGGAAGAGAAAUUAGCUCCAAAGUUUUGUUGUUUUUGUUUUUUUGUUUACCUUUUUGUUAUUUUUUUAACCCUGUCUAUAAUGAUGGAAGAAGUUUUGAGUACAUUUAUUUAGGUCAUGGUUAGAGAACAUUGAAAGAAAUCUACAAUUUUCAGAAUUUGGUGUUAAAAAAUCAGAUAUUGUCAGUGUGCAUCAUUUGCACUUGAUUUCAAGGUUCCUAAUUUCAAGUGUGGAAAAAUAUUACUGCAGUUUAGUACAGUUGUAGUUGAACUUAAUAUUCAGGUUGUGAUAUUUAAACAUGCAGAACAGUGUAAACUUGUUAAGUCACAUUCCAGAUGAGGAAAAAGUAGGCAGUAAUAAUCUUGGCUUUGCCCCCAUUCAGCUGCCCACCCCUCCUCACCCCACCCUCCUCAUUAUAUACUCUUAAUACUCUCAAACUCCCUAAGGAACUUACUACUUCACUAUUUUUUGUUUUUCAUUUAUGUUUUUUUUGUGGCCCCUGGCAAAUACAGGAUUGAUGCCUGUAUUCUAGUUUCAGCCAAGAGACUAUCAUGACUUCCUAACUUCCCUUUUUCUUCCAACACACACAUCGCUAAGAGAUAGGAAGGCUGCAAGGAUCCAAGGUUAAGAAGUGAGUUCUCCAGCCACGAACCAGUGGGAAACAGAAACCAUGGUUCUGUUCCCUAAUUUCCAGUAUACCCUGGUUGUUCCAGGGAUGGGGGUUGGGGCUUAAAAAGACCUGUUGCAGUUUAAAACUUUGCAUGCCCAGUUUCUUCAGUCUGCAUUUAAGUGGUAGGACUGAGGCCUGGUCUGCAUGUUGGAAGUAGUUGAGUGUUUCAGAACCAGCCACGUGCUAAACAUUAAUUACCAGUUUGGAUUGGUUGAAGGGAUUUUUCUUCUUAACACAUUUUCUGUCACAGGAAGUCUCUCCUCCAUCGUUCCCCUAAAUCUGAGGAUGGACAGACAAACCAGGAAAGGAGGAAAGGCAUCAGGGAUGUUCAUGUUCAUUUAGAGAGCAAACCGUAUUGUGCCUCUUCAUUUUGACCCAGGCUCUUGCAGAUAAAUCCUAAGCAUUGCUAUACACUAGAUUCUCUUAACAAAUAAUGCCCAGCUAAUAAAGUUUUUGCAUUUAUGAAUGCCCCUAAAACAUUGUCAGCUAGGUACACUCACAGCCUCAAUCUUGACCAAAUGAGAGAAUAGUUAGACUCUCUUUGGUUGGUAGAAAAUUGAAUACAAUCCACUUAUCAAUGUGUUUCAAAACAGUGGUUUCAAGUAGAAAUUCAUCUGAACUGAACAGAAAAAAAAAAAAUUACAGUGUUGUGGCCCUUUUGAAAAUGAAUGAGUAGGAACAGGAAAAUCUUGAAAUUAUUAGAGUAUGGUAUGCCAGGACAUUUAAAGCAGUUUUUAUGUUAGGUUUCUGAGUUACUGAAAUUAAAUCUGGAAUAUUUCUAAUAAAAAUGCUAAGCUUAUUUUUAUGGUUUUAAGUUGCACUGUUUCUAGUGACUAGUCAGGCAUUAUGCCUGAUGCUUAUGCCUCCAGGGUAUGCAUCUCAAGCCUUCAGAUACCUUUCAUGGCAGAUUAGCCAGGGGAGAUAGCAUUAGCAAUAUAUAUCAUCUCAGGCUUACUUAUGAAUGUUCUAAGUUGUCUAGUAGAGAAGGCUCUCUGAAUCUAUAAGAACUUUUAUUCAAAUUCUCCAUCAUAUUAGAAAGCCAGAUAACCUGUAGUGUUUGCUCUACUUCUAUUCCUUAAACCCUAUCUAUGUUCAAGACACUGAAGCUACCUGUGGUAUUCUUUGUAAUAUUUUAAAAAUAAGAUCUGGCAAAUGGGAAUUUUCUCUUGGGAGUAGGGGAGGCAUGCAGAUGUAGCUAUUUUAGGAAUUAUCUCAGAUUUAAAUAGGCAAAGGAAGACCUCACUUCCAGGUGAAGGUGUGAAUUCAUGCAUAUUAAUGAUCUGCCAGUCAGCAUCCUGAUUGCUUAUUAUUGCCUUUCUCCGCCUUGAGAGUCCUUGAGGAACUCUAAGGGGAAAUGAUUCGUUAUAAUGAGGGGGUCUUCUCUAGUUAGCACACUGCUGUUUAUUUCUGGAACUCCCUUUCAGUGAGCAGUGCUAGGGUCAUUUUCUCUGGGACCUAGAGGUUUCACUUCACGGCCAGGAGGAAAAAGUCUCCCCAAUGUACAACAAUGUUCUAAGUAAAAACUCGGCCAAGGGUAGUUUUCAGCUCAGUUUAUAGAAUAGUCCAAAGAGACUGUGAGAAACAUGAUGAUAGGCAGGGAUCUUUCCUACCAUGUUUCAAUACCUAUAUACCUAUUGAAGGGGAACAAUAGGUAAGCAUUUCCUAAAGUUGAAGUAAGAGCUUCAUAGAUUCUUGGUUACUUUAUUUUUUUUAAUGCUUUACAUUUGAUACAACUAUUAAAGAUCAAUUUUAAAAAUAGCUUUCCAGUAAUAUAUUUUAACUAAUAUAUAUUUUAAUAUCUAUGUAAAAAGUGACAGUGGUAUGUUUAAUGUAGGACCUCACUGUUAAGGCACAAAUUAUUUCAAAGGAAGUUACUCUAAAGACACUCAGAUUAUUUCCAGAAAAUGCAAUAAGGGGAAUCGUUUUGGAGUUUAUUUUUAUUUUAAAAGAAAAUUGACUUAUUUACCACAAGCUGUUUUUUUCCUUCUGGCUAUAAGGUUUGUACAGACUGGUUUGGUAAAUGCUAAACUUUUGUGUAUUUUGCCUUUUUAAAGGAAUUGUUAACAUUGGAAUUGAGGGUAUGUACAGAGAAGUUGGUGUCAACACCAUUUAAAAAGUCAUAUUUUUUCACAAAUAUAGAAAAAUCAUUUUACAUAAGAAUUUUAAGUAUUUGCAAUAAAUAUAUGUAUAUAGAU